CGCUCUGCUCACGCCGAGGUUGCGCCUGGGGCCUGAGACCGGGCCGCCGCGUCCUCCGCCCGCCGCCCGCCGACCAUGGAUCCCCGCAAAGUCAGCGAGCUUCGCGCCUUCGUGAAGAUGUGUAAGCAGGACCCGAGCGUCCUGCACACCGAGGAAAUGCGUUUCCUGCGGGAGUGGGUGGAGAGCAUGGGGGGUAAAGUACCACCAGCUACUCAUAAAGCUAAAUCAGAAGACAAUAUCAGGGAAGAAAAAGCAGAUAGUAAAAAGACAGAGGAAAACAUACCGACAGAGGAGCCAUCCAGUGAGGAAAGUGACCUAGAAAUUGAUAAUGAAGGUGUAAUUGAACCAGACACUGAUGCCCCCCAAGAAAUGGGAGAUGAAAAUGUAGAGAUAACUGAGGAGAUGAUGGAUCAAGCAAAUGAAAAGAAAGGUGCUGCCAUUGAAGCACUAAAUGAUGGUCAGCUACAGAGAGCCAUCGACUUGUUCACAGAUGCUAUCAAGCUAAAUCCUCGUUUGGCCAUUCUGUAUGCCAAGAGGGCCAGUGUCUUCAUCAAAUUACAGAAGCCAAAUGCUGCCAUUCGAGACUGUGACAGAGCCAUUGAAAUAAAUCCUGAUUCAGCUCAGCCAUAUAAGUGGCGAGGAAAAGCACACAGACUUCUGGGCCAUUGGGAAGAAGCAGCCCAUGAUCUUGCCCUUGCCUGUAAACUGGAUUAUGAUGAUGAUGCUAGUGCAAUGCUGAAAGAAGUUCAACCGAGGGCCCAGAAAAUCGCAGAGCACCGGAGAAAAUAUGAACGAAAACGGGAAGAGCGAGAGAUUAAAGAACGAAUAGAGAGGGUUAAGAAGGCUCGAGAAGAACAUGAGCGAGCCCAAAGGGAAGAAGAGGCAAGACGACAAGCAGGAUCUCAGUAUGGCUCUUUUCCAGGUGGCUUUCCAGGGGGAAUGCCUGGUAAUUUUCCUGGAGGAAUGCCUGGAAUGGGAGGAGGCAUGCCUGGAAUGGCCGGAAUGCCUGGGCUCAAUGAGAUUCUUAGUGAUCCAGAGGUUCUUGCAGCCAUGCAGGAUCCAGAGGUUAUGGUGGCCUUCCAAGAUGUGGCCCAGAACCCUGCAAAUAUGUCAAAAUACCAGAGCAAUCCAAAGGUUAUGAACCUCAUCAGUAAAUUGUCUGCCAAAUUUGGAGGUCAAGCAUAAUGCCCCACUGAGAAAGCCCUUGGUGAAGGAAAAGCAACCUCGACUGCUUGUGUGGAUGUCGCAAUAAUAAACCAGUGUACCUCUGUCCUCAUCUGGAGAACUGAGGUGCUUUGAAGAUUAUCCCUACCCCUCUGCACCAAAUGCAGCUGAAGCAUUGUACAGUGGUUUGCCAUUAGGGUAUUCAUUCAGAUAAUGUUCUCCUAGGAAUUAGAAACUUUAACACUUUCUAAAUCUUUCAAUAUUUGAAACAAAUUAAAGGGGUGUUAAUUCCUCCAUUUUUCUUUACUAAUCAUUUUGAGUUUUCUUUGAAUUAUUGGGCAAGGAAAAUAUGGAAAAAAUUAUUGCUCCAAUGUGAGUGUGAAAUAAGGGUUUAUUAGUGGGAGGAAAUAAAACUCAUUUAAGUAGGUUAAAUUUGAGUUGGAUAUGUUACUCCUAGUCAUAUUUUUAUCCUUCCAGAUAACUUUUUUUAAAAAUGAUUUCAGUAAAACAUGGGACCACCAGUAUUUCAGAAUGACCUGGGUAGGCACUGGAAAUAAUUGCCAGGACAGCAGCAGUCUUAACUAUAUUUUAUAACACGAGCCCUCUGUAAGUUGCAUUUAAAUCUUACACUGUUGAAUGAGUAAUUUCUGUUUUACAUUGCAGUGGAAUUGGAUUAUAUUUAGCUCUGUUCUUAUCACAUAUAUAAUAUUACCACAUAAGAAAUAGGGAGUGCUUUUUCUUUUUAUAUUUGUGUUAAAAAUUAUUUUUCCUUAUCAGAAAAGAACUGUGUUUUGCUUGUCAUAAUUUUCUCUGUGAAUCUUCUUGAGCUUAAGAUAAUUUUUGUUUGUUUUCUAAACUGGCAUCACUGCUAUCAUUCACAGCAUCAUUGUCCAGACAUCCUUAUGUCAGCAUCUAAUUUAAUAUCAGAUACUGUUUGCUGACUGUAGACUAAUAAUACUUUUAGAGUGUAGUUUCUUCUUUGGCCAUGACAUUACUUUUUAAAUAUUAAACUUCCACUGGUAAAGUCUUGCCACAUCAAAAGAGAUGACAAAGACUCCUUUCAGAGUAGGAGAUACCUACUCCAAGUUGUCUUGCAGUACUCAUCUUUAUAAUUUGAAAAGUAUGCUGUUUUAAUUGAUACUCGUAUAGGGAAUUAACUGCUUGAUACAACAUGUAUUGGGUUGUAAGAGCCACAGUUAAUGGUUUUUGAGUUGUUGGUACUGUGAAAGAUUUGUUAUCCUAUUCAGCUCUUCCCUAAACGCUGCAACUAUACCCCAACCUCUGAUUUUCUUUCCUUCCUCUGAAGGAGAAAGAAAAUGACAAAUUUCAUGGAGUACAUUUCUAAGACUAGGACAUUUUUGAAAUAAUGUUUAUUCUGAUUCUAAGUGCUAUAUAUAGCAGACAAAAAUUUAUCUGUUACAUGAAUAAGAAAAAGCUAUAUGCUAAUGGAGCAUGCUUUUAAAAUCCUUUGAAAACACUCACCUUACAUGCUUGUAUUUGAACUUGCCAGUCUUCUUUUUGCUCAUGUGUGUUCUCCUUUGUCACAAUUUCCAUUGUAUACUUUGCCUAUUAACUCAAGAAGACCACUUUCUUUUGGACUUUGUUGAACUUAAUUAUACACAACCUAACUAUAUUCUAAUACUGCAAAUAUCACCAUAAAUGGAUAAAAUUGCCCAUGUGAAA